AUUUGCACCUAAAUUAGUUGCAAAACCUCGAGUCUCUAUCCACUUUCUUUCUCUUUCUAGGGUUUCUUCUUCACUUCAGUUUCCAUGGCCGACGAAUCCCCAUAUUCAGCUAACAACGACACAACAACCCCACCCUCCUUGAAACGCAAAUACAACGAUGACCGUCCCACCGGCUUCUCCGACACACCUGAGGCGGCGCCGCCACCUUCUUACAACAGUGUCCCUCCACCCGCCGCCACCGGCAUCGAACUCGCCAAACAACGCGCCCAAGAAGUCGCGGCUCGGCUCCUCAGCGGCGCUCCCGCACUCGACCCCAAACGCCCCAAACUCGAUAACGGUUCCUUCGACUCCAUCGAUGUGAAGGUUCAAUACUCGGCGCCUUCGAUUUCACCUUCGGCGGUCUCGUACGCGCAUCAGGGUGGUGCCGGUGGUGGUGGUGCGAAUAAGAAGAUUGAGAUUCCGAAUGGGAGAGUGGGUGUUAUUAUUGGAAAGGGUGGUGAGACUAUAAAGUACCUUCAGUUCCAAUCUGGUGCUAAAAUUCAAGUUACUCGUGACAUGGAUGCGGAUCCCAAUUCUGCUACUAGGAUGGUUGAGCUUAUGGGCACUCCUGAUGCUAUUGCCUCUGCUGAGAAGCUCAUUAACGAAGUUCUUACUGAGGCUGAAGCUGGAGGUUCCGGCAUUGUUGCACGACGACUAGCUGGGCAAGCUGGGUCUGAUGAGUUUGUGAUGAAAAUCCCGAAUAACAAGGUUGGUCUUGUAAUUGGUAAAGGAGGAGAAACAAUAAAGAAUAUGCAAGCUUCUACUGGAGCAAGAAUUCAGGUGAUUCCUCUUCACCUUCCACCAGGUGACACAUCUACUGAAAGAACAUUAAAAAUUGAAGGGACCCCUGAACAGAUUGAGUCUGCAAAACAAGUGGUUAAUCAAGUCAUCAGUGGAGAGAAUCGUCUUAGAAAUCCAGCAAUGUCUGGUGGUUAUUCUCAGCAAGGUUACCAAGCCCGGCCACCCACUAGCUGGGUUCCCCCUCCUGCUCCUAUGCAACAACCUGGUUAUGGCUAUGUGCAGCCUGGAGGAUAUUCUGGUCCAUCACCCCAGUAUAAUAUGUCUCAGCCACCAUAUGCAGGCUAUCCUCCCCAGUCAUCUGGUGGAUAUUCCACCAAUUGGGAUCAGUCCACUGCCCCUCCUCAGCAGUCUGCUCAUGGCGGAUAUGAUUACUAUGGUCAACAGCCUCUAUCUCAGCAGCAGCAAAAUCCUGGCGGUCCUGCACCUCCAGCUGAUGGGACUGCUUACAAUUACAGUCAACCACCUUCCUCUGGUUAUAACCAACCAGGACAAGGCUAUGCUCAGGAUGGCUAUGGUGCAUAUCACAUGCCCCCACAAUCAGGGUAUGGUCAGCCACCAUCAUACGAUCAGCAGCAAGGCUAUAGCUCAGCCUCUGGCUAUGGUGUGGGGAGCAACCCAGCUCAAGAGGGCCACACUCCCAAUUAUGGAUCACAGGGGGAUUCAAGCCAAGUUCCACCUGUUCAACCUUCAAUGUCCCAAGGUUACGGUACCAGCCAACAACCUAGCCCAAAUGCUGCCAACUAUCCACCACAAGGAGCUGUUCAGCCAGGCUAUGGGGUGCCCCCAACCUCCCAACCAGGUUAUGGCAGUCAACCUCCAGUACAGUCUAGUUAUGGACCUAGUUACGGACCCCCUCAGACCCAAAAGCCUAGUGGCACACCUCCUGUAUAUGGACAAUCACAAUCACCUAACACAGCAGGAGGCUAUGGUCAAUCUGCCCCUUUGCAAUCAGGAUAUCCUCCUUCCCAGCCUCCACCUUCUGGGUAUGCCCAACAAGAAACAGGUCCUCAGAGAGCCCCACCGUCUGGUUUCGGUGGUGCUGCACAACCAGGGUAUGGUCCCCCAUCAUAUGGUGCUCCAGCUGGUGGUCAACCUGGUUAUGGUCAGGCUCCACCAUCAUAUGGCAACAGUUCUUAUGGUGCUGGUUACCCUCAGCCACCAGUAUAUUCUAGUGACGGUAAUGCAGGUGGUGGCACUCCUCGUGGAAGCUAUGAUGGAGCACCUGCACCUACUGCUCAACAGGGUAGUGUUGCUAAAACAUCACCUCAGAGUUGAUAUAUCAGUAGUUUGUUAAUUUUGGAUUUCUGAAUCAACUGUCUUAUAGUAUUUUCUGGUGUAGUGACACAUUUACAUAGCUUUGAAGUGUUGAGAUGUAUGAAUUAACUCUAUCCUAUUUUACAAGUAGUAGUUAAAAUUUCUGAAGUUUGCGUGCACACUGCUGCAAGAAUUAAGUCAACUACCAAGCGUGAAAUGGAAGCAAUUAAGUCAUAAAUGAUUAUGCAGUAUACCUGGAUGUCUACGAUUUUGCGUGAGGGAUAUCCAUCACCAACGUCGUACCCAAGUACACCUUUGGACGACCGAAGAAACCUUGGCAGUUGAAUGAUAAUUUCUCUCAGAACUUUUCCUAAACUUUUAGGGGGUCAUUUUUUUAAAUAUGGCAUUUU